AUGCUAUUUAAAAACAAGCUCCUCCUUUUUGGAGCUUCUUUAUUCAGUAUGACUGUUAUUAUGGCCGAAAAGUUUACACCUGCUGAUCUUAUUCAGUUACCUCGUCCCGGUGUUCCUGUCACUUCACCUAGUGGUGCUCUUGCAGUUUAUGCACAGUCUGCUUACAAUAUAACUGAAGCAAAGACAGUUCGUAACCUUUACCUCUUAAAUAUCGAUAACAACUCAGUGGAGGAAUUGACAAAACCAUCUUUUGAUACUUCGGAUAGCGAACCUUUUUUCUUGGAUGAUCAACAUAUCGCUUAUUUUCACCACGACAAUGAACUGAAAGAAGACGUGGAUCAAUUGUAUGUCAUUGAUUUGGAGAAUAAGCAAGAGAGUCCUUAUCGUCUUACGGAUUUCCCUAUUUCCUUUGGUAACUUAAAAUAUAAUGCUCAGCAUAAGCUUUUAGCAUUUUCUGCUUCUGUCUACAAUGAUGAUGGUACUUUGGAAGGUACAUUAAAGAAGGACAAGGAAAUCAAGGAAACCAAGAAAGAUACUGCCUUGGUUUAUGAUGAGCUUAUGGUUAGACAUUGGGAUGAUUAUGUAAAGGAAAAGAAGAACAAUAUUUUUGUUGUCGAUGUCUCUAUCAUUGACAGAAAAUACAAGAUCGCUAGUGAACCCAUCAACUUGUUGAGAAAGACUGGCUUGGAAUCUCCUGGUUUCCCUAUGGGCGAUGCCAGUGACUUUGAUAUUUCUCCUGACGCCUCUCAAAUCGCUUUCUUGGCCAAGAUCAACACAAGAGAUAACGCCUGGCAAACAUCUGCUCAUAUUUACACUGUUGCUACAAACGGAAAAGGAGCUCCUGUUGCUAUCAACAAGGACAUUCCUGCUGCUUCUUCUGCACCUCAUUUUAUUUCUUCAGGUCUUUUGGUUUACUUUCAAAUGAUGGUUCCUCAAUACGAAUCUGACAGAAACCGUAUUGUUGUCUUCAACCCUAAAUCUGGCGAAAGAAAGGUGAUUGCUGAUUCAUGGGACAGUAGUCCUCAUGAAGUUACUUCUUCAGCUGAUGGAAAGACGCUGUAUGUUACAGCUGAACAACAAGGUCGUAACAAGAUUUUUGCAGUCAAUAUUGAUACUGGAUCUGUAAAGACAUUGACAGAAGAACACUAUGCCACCGGUCUUACUGUUCUUCCUUCCGGUAAUAUCUUUUAUGGUCUUAGUUCAAUGAAGCAUCCUGUUGCUCCUCAUGUAUUGGAUGUCUCGACUAAAGAAAUCAAGCCUCUUGCAGUUGAAUCAGGACUUGCUGAAAAGCUCAAGACAAUCGAAUUCUCUGAACCCGAAGAAUUAAGAUUUACCGGUGCCUUGAAUGAUCAAGUUCAUGGUUGGUAUCUCAAGCCUGCUGAUUUUGAAGAAGGCAAGAAAUAUCCUGUUGCUUUCUUGAUUCAUGGUGGUCCUCAAGGUGCUUGGAAUGAUAAUUGGUCUACACGUUGGAACCCUCAAAUCUUUGCUGGUGCUGGCUAUGCUGUGGUAGCCCUCAAUCCUCACGGCUCCACUGGUUAUGGUCAAGCUUUCACUGACUCUAUUACUCGUAAUUGGGGGUCUUAUCCUUUUGAAGACCUUGAAAAAGGCCUUGAUCAUGUUUUGGAAAAGUAUUCUUAUCUUGAUGCUGAACGUGUUGCAGGUUUGGGUGGAUCCUAUGGUGGUUAUAUGACAAACUGGAUCAAUGGUCACAGCGAUAAGUUCAAAGUUCUUGUCAACCAUGAUGGUGUCUUCUCUACUACUCACGUCUAUUACACUACAGAUGAAAUCUACUUUGAUGAAAGAGAGUUUGGUGGAUCUCCUAUUCAACCCGAGAACAGAGAAGGAUUCGAAAAGUGGUCACCAUCAAAUUAUGUGCAAAACUGGAAGACACCCAUGUUAGUGAUUCAUGGUGGAAAUGACUUUAGAUUAACAUUUGAUGAGUCUUUAUCAACAUUUACUGCUCUUCAAAGACAAGGCAUUCCUUCUCGUCUUUUGUAUUUCCCAGAUGAAAGCCAUUGGGUAUUGAAGCCUGCCAACUCUUUAAGAUGGCACAAAGAAGGUAAUGUCGUGAAUUAGAAGCCUAUAUUCAUUUUCUUUAUAGUUCUUGAAUGGAUUGGCAAGUAUACAUCUGAAUCCACUCCUACUCUUGUCCUUCAAGAUAAUUAGAUAUGUGUAUGUUGUCAUUCAUAAAAUCAUCUUUGAAAAAGUGCGUGACUCUUUUUUUUAUCUAUUUCAUUCAUGCAAAGAGGGGAGUAUACAUUGCUCCGUAUCUAAGAAGAAUCGAUUUCAGCUAUUUUAUCUUGCCAAAAAAAGAAGUUGUUUCAGGGUCAAGAUGAAUAUGAUUUAUGACUGCUUAAAAAAAAAGCGACUCUAUUAUUUGAAGGAGAUCUUUCAAUAAUGAAUUAAUUCAAGUAUGCUGAAAUGAAAAAAAGGAGGUUAAAACU